AUGACAGAAGAAAGAUUGGGUGAAUUAAAGCUUGUGAAAAAGCUUGUAAAGAAUGGAGCAAACGUCAACCAUGCUGCCAAUGGAGAAACAUUUGGUCUCGAGUACCACAAUAAUGUACCACCAAUAUACUGUGCUGCUAUCAACUGUGACACAGAAAUACUAAAAAUUCUAAUCGAUGUAGGCGUGGACGUAAACAAAUUCCAGGGACUCCCACAUGAUAUCAACAUAGAAACCCCGUCUGACACACGUGCAAUUAUUGGACCGUACCGUUAUCCCAACACAUUGUGGGGACUGAACGAACGUUCACCUGACCCAAAGUUAUUACUAAAAGUUCUUGAAUUGUACUUGAAUGCUGGUGUGAAACUGAAUAAAACAGCAUGGGGACCAUGCCUCUUCCUAGGAAGAGGCCAAGUCUUUACAGUUAAGUUUCCAACAACUUGGAUUCCACCUCCGUGGUUUGUUUGUACAACAUCCGUACUGUUACUACAACAUGGAGUAGACCCGAACCUUUACAGUCUAAGACAUAUUAUGAAACAACUAGGACAACACUUUAAACAUUUCAGAAAGAAAGAUUACUGUGUCAAGGACAAAAUAUUUCUGAGAACAUUUUUAGCUGCUGGUUAUAAAUUUACCUCACCAGAUAUUAGAUAUAUUGAGAAUAAAUAUAUUAAAGACCUUUUUGACUUUGGAAAAGAAGACAAAACCAUGCAAAUUGCCGGGCGUCUUGCAAGCUUAAAACACCUUGCUCGAAUCAAAAUACGGAAUCAUAUCAUCUCCAUCAACAAAGAUACGUCAAUAUUUCCUGCAGUUGAUAAGUUAGAACUUCCUGUGAUAUUAAAAGAUUUUUUAAAACUUUAUGACGUCAGUCCUCGCGAUUUGUCAUUUGUUAUUUGCUAUGAGCAAAUUCAAAAACCAAACGUUUCGGCAGAUGAAGUCUGAACGCUUUUUUGUAUUCUUGUUAUAUUAAAUAAAGUCGUACUUCAAUAGA